AUGGUGGACAUCUCUGUGUUACGCGACUGGGGAGUUCUCCUGCUUCUGCCUCUGUCCCAACGAGCAUCCAGUGUGGUCGCACAAAUCCCGGAUCCAGAGCUUCUUCCGACUGACCCCCCAAAGAAGCCCGACCCUGUGACCUCAGAGACUGUGGUGUUCUGGGGCCUGCGCUUAUGGCAAGUCAUCGGCAUCUUCUCCAUGUUUGUGUUGGCAGUGGUCAUCACACUGUGCUGUAUAUUCAAAUGUCGAAUCCCAAGAACCAAGAAGGAAAUCGAAGCCCGUCACGCCAUGAGGCAGGCCGCCAAGAAAUACGCCAACACGCUGGAGACGGUACCACCACUGGAGGAACUGACGGAGGUCCCAGGCUCUGCCAAGCCUGAAGAGAAGGAGGAAGUAUCCACAGUCUCCGGCAAAGUGGACGCUGAGAAGCCGGAGAAGAAGAAGAAGAGCAAGAAAAGUGCCAAAGACGAGGAAGAGGAGGAGGAGCCAGAGGAGGAGGAAGAGGAGGAGGGGGCGAGGAGGAAGAAGAAGAGAGACAGAGGAGAGAAAGCCGAGAGGAGCGAGUCCAAGAAGGAGGGUGGUGACGGCAAACCCAAGAAAGGCGGGGCAAAAAAAGCCCAAAAGUGA